UGGGCCUGAUGCCAAACCACCCAGGGGCUGGCUGACGACCCCUCUCUGUUCCUCCCUGCAGCACGCCCACGGACGCCAUGCGGGGGGCUCUGUCGCCCCUGUCUUGGCUGCUGCUGCUGCUGCUGGGGUGUGGGCCGUGGGCGUCCUCUGGCAGCGGGGCAGCGGGCUACGCCCCAGUGAAGUACAUGCAGCCCAUGCAAAAAGGACCUGUGGGACCGCCCUUCCGCGAGGGCAAGGGCCAGUACCUGGAAAUGCCUCUACCGUUGCUGCCGAUGGACUUGAAAGGAGAGCCCGGCCCCCCAGGGAAGCCCGGGCCUCGGGGCCCCCCUGGCCCUCCUGGCUUCCCAGGAAAACCCGGCACUGGGAAGCCAGGGCUCCACGGGCUGCCUGGCCCUGCUGGCCCCCCCGGCUUCUCCAGGAUGGGCAAGGCUGGUCCCCCAGGGCUCCCAGGCAAGGUCGGACCACCGGGGCAGCCCGGGCUUCGGGGGGAGCCAGGAAUACGAGGGGACCAGGGGCUCCGGGGGCCCCCAGGGCCCCCUGGCCUCCCUGGCCCUUCAGGCAUUACUGUUCCUGGAAAACCAGGUGCCCAGGGGGUGCCAGGGCCCCCAGGAUUCCAGGGGGAGCCAGGGCCCCAGGGGGAGCCUGGGCCCCCAGGCGAUCGAGGCCUCAAGGGGGAUAAUGGAGUGGGCCAGCCAGGUCUGCCUGGGCCACCAGGACAGGGCGGUGCCCCGGGACCCCCCGGCCUCCCUGGCCCAGCUGGCUUAGGCAAACCUGGCUUGGAUGGGCUUCCUGGGGCCCCUGGAGACAAGGGUGAGUCUGGGCCUCCUGGGGUUCCGGGUCCCAGUGGGGAGCCAGGAGCUGUGGGCCCCAAAGGACCCCCUGGGGUAGAUGGUGUGGGGGUGCCAGGGGUAGCAGGGAUACCAGGCCCACAGGGCCCAGCAGGGGCCAAAGGGGAACCAGGGACCCGGGGUCCCCCUGGCCUGAUAGGCCCCACUGGCUAUGGGAUGCCAGGACUGCCAGGCCCCAAGGGGGACAGGGGCCCAGCUGGGGUCCCAGGGCUCUUGGGGGACAGGGGGGAGCCAGGUGAAGAUGGGGAGCCAGGGGAACAGGGCCCACAGGGCCUUGGUGGCCCCCCUGGGCUUCCUGGGUCUGCAGGGCUCCCUGGCAGACGUGGCCCCCCUGGGCCUAAAGGGGAGGCAGGGCCUGAAGGCCCCCCAGGAGUGCCUGGCAUUCGGGGUGACCAGGGGCCUAGUGGCCUGGCUGGGAAACCUGGGAUUCCAGGUGAGAGGGGACUUCCUGGGGCCCAUGGGCCUCCUGGACCAAUUGGACCCAAAGGGGAGCCGGGUUUUGCGGGCCGCCCUGGAGGACCAGGGGUGGCAGGGGCCCUGGGGCAGAAGGGUGACUUGGGGCUCCCUGGGCAGCCUGGCCUGAGGGGCCCCUCGGGAAUCCCAGGACUCCAGGGUCCCGCUGGUCCUAUUGGGCCCCAGGGUCUGCCGGGCCUGAAGGGUGAACCAGGCCUGCCAGGGCCUCCUGGGGAGGGGAAAGUGGGGGAACCCGGCACGGCUGGGCCCACGGGACCCCCUGGGGUCCCCGGCUCCCCAGGACUCACAGGCCCUCCUGGGCCUCCCGGGCCUCCCGGGCCCCCUGGUGCCCCCGGGGCCCUCGAUGAGACUGGCAUCGCAGGCUUGCACCUGCCCAACGGUGGUGUGGAGGGCGCCGCGCUGGGCAAGGGCGGCAAGCCACAGUUCGGGCUGGGCGAGCUGUCAGCGCACGCCACCCCGGCCUUCACUGCGGUGCUCACCUCACCCUUUCCCGCCUCGGGCAUGCCUGUGAAAUUUGACCGGACUCUCUACAACGGCCACAGCGGCUACAACCCAGCCACGGGCAUCUUCACCUGCCCCGUGGGCGGUGUCUACUACUUUGCUUACCAUGUGCACGUCAAGGGCACCAACGUGUGGGUGGCCCUGUACAAGAACAACGUGCCGGCCACCUACACCUACGACGAGUACAAGAAGGGCUACCUGGACCAGGCGUCAGGCGGGGCCGUGCUCCAGCUGCGGCCCAAUGACCAGGUCUGGGUGCAGAUGCCCUCGGACCAGGCCAACGGCCUCUACUCCACCGAGUACAUCCACUCCUCCUUUUCGGGAUUCUUGCUCUGCCCCACAUAACCCGCGGGGGGCCCUGCUGCCCUGGCCUCCUCCUCUUUAGUGGUAGAGUGACCUUUUCAGUUCCAAAGAAUCUCCAUUUAAAGAAAAAAAACAGGCUGAACAGAGGGGACCACAGCCUUGGCCCGAGGAGACUGACUUGCUUUCUCCCUACACGCAGGCUGAGACUGUCGCCAGAAGGGGCAGGCCUGAGCUCCCUCCCCCCAAAUGUCUGUGCAGGGUCAGGGCUGCACCCCCAUCCCUGCCCUGCCCGGUCUGCAGGCAGCGCCCCAGGACACGCAGCCCAGCCCUGCGUGUCCUCGACUCUGCGGGGCCUCGAAGGAGCUGAGAGGGGCUGAGCUCUGCCACCCAUCCACCUGGGGGGACAGUCCUUCCUGCUGGCCCCCAGAUGGCACCUGCUCAAGGAAGGAGGCAUGGCCUCCCUCACAGUCCUUGGCUGGGGCUCUUCCAGCUCCCCCAGGACCUCCAGCAUGUGACAGUGGGGUUCCCUGGAGUUUGUUUCCCUCCAGGGGAAAAAGGGGGGAGCAUCGAGGUGGCCAGUGUGGACGCCCUGCGAGGACUGCAACCCCACUGGUGAUGCUGUGGCAUCAGGCCUGUCCGUGGCGGGCAAAGCUGCGUGGCCCUCUCUGCAGGCUCCUGGGAAGGGUUGCCCCCCCUUUCACUGUUUCAGCCACAGCCAUGGGAGGUAGUUUGUUAGGGGUAGGGGUGUGGGUCCGGGGCGGGCCACAGUUCGUCACACCCACCCUGUCUCCAGGGCUGCCCCCACCAGCUCUGGCUCUGUUUAGCAUGAGGGUGGCCACACAGGCCCCUAGGGACGGCCACAGGCCAGAAAGAUCGAACUGUGCGAAGUGUCUCGAAGUGUCUAGCGCAGAUGGGGGCAGGAGGCAGGGUUGACAAUCAGCAGACAUGGGUGUGCCUCCCCUUCUCUCCCCUGUGGAGAGGUGGGCUGAUUUUCUCAUAUAAAAUUGUAAGGGGAUCCUUGUCACCCCCAACCCAGGUAUCCCCAAAGCAGAGAGCCUCUCGUUUGGCCCUCUGAACACAGUGCACGCAAGCUCGGGGACGGAGAAGGCUCCCGCUUGCUUUUCCUUAGUAAGAACCAUACGGUGGGUGGGUGUGUACACUAGAGGGGUUAAUUUGCAGGGGCUUCCUCUCCUUCCACCCUCUGGUUGCAAUUUCCUGUUCUCCGCAAGAUUAGGGCCCGGGGGCCAAGGCUCUGAGAGAAAGGGUGCCAGCAGGCCCUUCUGGAAUGAGUUGGCUCGGACAUUUCUGCCAUUCUCCCGGAUCAGAGCUCUGCAGGAAACAGGCAGGGCCCCCUCCCAAGCCCCAAGCCCUCGGCCCCUCGUUCACGAUGAGCAGGUAAAGCUGAGAGCAUCAGUUUUGGGGACAGUGGACAUUCUUGCACCAUGGCAGGAGGCCUUGCCCUCGGCCCUCACCAGGCCAGCCCACCUCCCUGUACCAAGUGUGAGCCUGGGUCAUUCAGGACGAGAACUCGUGGCACUGCUGGACUGUCCAUGCGGAAAUGGAGGAUAACUGCUGACUGCUCGCUCAGCUGUGCUCCCCCAGACUCCUCGCCAAGCCUGCACCCCUGCCCAUGACUUCUCCAAAGCAGGCUGUUUGUUCACGCUAACUUUCAAAAGGAGAAGUGAAAACCCCAAUCUGCCCCAGUGACACUUGAUUUCUAACUCCCUGACACCCAAGAGAGCCAACUAAGGAGUCUCAAACCAUUCCUGCUGAGGGUCCUUUGCUCAACCUCUCCCUUCCCUGGGUCAAAGCCACUAGAAUCUGAUGUGUUGGGGACAGUUUUGAUUGGCAGAAAUGAAUCGGCUCCCAGUGGGAGCCCAGAGGACUAAGUAGGGUACCAGGGGAGCCAAAAAACAAAACAAAACAAAAAAAAACACAAAGAGCCGUUUCACAGAGCUGAGCUUCUGCCAAAUUUCAUUCCUGAAGCCUUCAGGGAGGAGUGGUUGGCAUUUCUGAAAUGUUUACGGGAUCUGAGUCGCAGGUGUUCACUUAACUGACUAGCUUUGAUAAACAAUGUCGGAUUUUAACUAAGAAAACUACAUUACCUUGUGCAUUUUUAGUACUCUGAUUCUGAAUUUUAUAAGAUUAAGGUUUAAAUGUUUUCCACUAGUCAUUUCAUUUCUAACUUGGUAUAGGAAGCUUAGUUCUCCACAUAUUUAUCAUGCGCCCUGUGUCACAGAAGAUUCGGGAAAAAUGCACUGGGGAAUCAAAUAAAAUGGGACUUCUUUUUGAAAAGAAAAACUGUACCGACUGUAUUGACACAACCUCAAUAAAACCUGUUGUACAGAA